CGGGGGCGUGGCCGCUUCCGGUCGGUGGUCCCGGCAUGGCGGAGCCGCGCGGCGGCCCCGGGCCCCCCCCGGCCCCGGCGGCGGCCGCAGCCCCGCCCGGAGCCCCGCACGCCCAGGCCGGGCCCCGCGUUUGCUUCGCGGCGGCGGCGGCGGCGGCGGCGGCACCGGAGGAGGGCCCGGGGCGGGGCCGCGGGAAGGUCACGGUGCGCUACGACCGCCGUGAGCUCCGCAAGCGGCUGCACCUGGAGGAGUGGAUCCUGGCACAGCUGACCGCGCUCUACGACUGCCGGGAGGAGGAAAUUCCGGAGCUGGAGAUCGACGUGGACGAGCUGCUGGACAUGGAGAGCGACGGCGCCCGCAGCGCCCGCGUCCAGGAAAUCCUCGUGGACUGUUACAAACCCACCGAGGCAUUCGUGGGGGAUCUCCUGGAGAAGAUUCGGGGGAUGCAAAAACUCAACACCCCCCAAAAAAAAUAACCCCAAAAUCGGGGAAAUCCCCCCAAAAACCCCAAAAAUCCAGGGGGGGGAACCCCAAAUUUCUCACCCCCCACCCCAAUUCUGGGGGACCCCCCCAUUUUUGGGGUCCCCCCUGCAGCGAUAAUCACUCCCCCCCUCCCCCACUGGUUUUGGGGGGUCCUGGGGGGGAUUUUGGGGGGAAUUUGGGGUUUUUUGGGGGGGAUUUUUUUAGUUUUUUUUUUAAAUUUGGGGGGGGUGGGGCUUGGGGUUGUUUUUAUAUGGGUUUAAUAAAAGCACAUUUGACAUUUU